AUGGCCGAGGCGAAUCCGCUGCCGCCAGAGGGAUCGCCCGGCGCCGAGCCCCGGAGGGUCCGCGGCGGGAGCGAGGAGUCGGGGCCGCCGGAGCUGCCCGGCGGCGACACGCGGGAGCUGCUGGAGGAGGUGGAGAUGCAGAUCGGCGAUGCCGCCUUCUCGCUGGCGAAGAUCCUGGAGGCGACGUCGGCCGUGUCGGCCCAGGUGGAGGAGCUGGCCACCAAGUGCUCCGAGAACGCCCGGUUCCUCAGGACGUGGCGGGACCUGCUGAGGGAGGGCUACGAGUCCCUGAAGCCCAGCGGCUGACGCUGGCCCUGCCCGCCGAGCCGCCCGCUCGGCCCGGACUGCGGCGGGGCUCUUUUCGACCGCCUCCUUUAGGCAGCUCACGUGGAGUUUUGUUUCCCCCCAGCUUUCUUUCACAAAUACUUGAGGGCUCUCAUAUGGAUGUUUUAUGUUAGUCUACCGAACAGAAAAACUUUGUUUAGGGAUUCAGCUUUAACUUUCAGGUUCUUCGUAGAAGCUCAAGCGAUCUCAACACUCCUUUCUUUCGUUCUAACGUGGUAGAUUCACAGUUAGUAUGUGUGCUACGUUCAGACCUCAUUACUGGUAGGGAAGUGAUGUCCUAUGAGGAGGAAUUGUCAGCCUUUCUUUUUAAGAGCUGUCAACAGCAGAAACCCUGCCAACCCCAGAGAAACUUCAACUAACUUCAGUCUUUUGUUACACACACUUUUUUGUCACAUUGAGUAUGGGAUAAU